GCGGUAUCCAGAAGAUUCAGCUACCAAUCCGAGCUUUGUGACUGAUAUCAAUACACCGUGACACCUCAAGCGCUUCAGCGUGACACUGGCAAGGAGGCAGUGAAAGGAGCACAAAUGGAGGCUUCAGAGGAUAACCUGGAGGCACUGAGAAACAUCUGCGAUAGUCUUCAGAAAGAAGUGGAAAGGCUCUAUACCAAAGAAAAGGAAGUUGAAGAGUUACAAAAAGAACAUUUUGAACUUCUGACGAAAGUAAACAAGUUGAGUGAGAUGCAGAAGGAGGUGGAAAGGAUCCAAGCCAAAGAAAUGGAGGUUGAAGAGUUGCAAAAAGAGCGUGUUGAACUUGUGGCAAAAGAAAACAAGUUAAGUGGCCUGCAGAAGGAAGUGGAAAGUCUUAAUGUGAAAGAAAAGGGGGUAACAGUUCAUUCAGAACUUCAGAAGAUCUGUGACAAUGAAAGGGAAGCUCAGGACCUAAGAAAAUGUAAUGAAAUUAAAGUGGAAUUAUGUAGACAGAUAGGUCUAGCAGAAGAUUACCUGUCUCCUUCUGAGAGAUCCCAGAUCAUAGAGGCAACUUCAACACGGAAGGAUGCGCCUUGA